AUGGGAAUUCCUGCUAAUGUUAUUUUAGCAGACCCAGAGUUCAAUAGGCCACAAAAAAUAGACAUUUUAGUAGGAGCAGAAUCCUUUUUUGAGUUGAUGUUAUUGGGAAAGAUAAAGUUAGGACCUACAUUGCCUAUUUUACAAAAAACACUUCUCGGUUGGAUUGUUUCGGGUACAUAUGGAGUGGAUAAUUAUAGUAAACAGUCUCUAUUAUGUCAAAUAACACUUAAUGAAAAAGAACGAAAAUUGGAAGCCCUCGAUAGUUUAGUUAGAAAAUUUUGGGAAUUAGAGCAAAUUCCUAUGUGCUCAAGAAUGACAGAAGAACAAAUUUUGUGUGAAAGAUAUUAUGAUAGGACAACUCGUCGUCUUAUUGAUGGUAGAUUUGAAGUUAGAUUGCCUUUUAAAACAGACCCGAAAAUAUUAGGAAAUUCUUACGAAAUAGCAAAACGGCGUUUUCUUUAUCUAGAGCGAAGAUUAGCUAAAGAUCACAAAAUGAAGGAAAUGUAUGUGGAUUUCAUGAAAGAAUAUUUAAAUCUUGGCCACAUGUCGCUAGUUGAGAAUAUUAAUCUAAGUCUACCUCAUUAUUUUAUUCCGCAUCAAUGCGUGAUAAAAGCUCAUAGUACCACUACAAAAUUGAGAGUUGUAUUCGAUGCGUCAAGUAAAACAUCAACUCAAAAAUCACUUAAUGAUACUCUUAUGAUUGGUCCUACCAUACAAGAUGAUUUGUUCUCAAUAUUAUUAAAAUUUCGUUUGAACAAAUUUGCCAUAACGGCGGAUAUAACGAAAAUGUAUAGACAAGUCAGAAUUCAUGAGGACGAUCGUAAGUAUCAAUUAAUUUUAUGGCGAGAUAAUCCUGAGUUUCCAAUGCAAAUUUAUAAACUGAAUACAGUAACUUAUGGUACUGCUUCAGCGCCAUUUCUUGCGAUUCGAUGUCUUAAAGAAAUAAGUGAUAUUUUCAAAAAUGUACUUCCUUUGGGAUCACAUGUUAUAGCUAACGAUUUUUAUGUGGAUGAUCUGCUUUCAGGAGCAGACGAAAUUAGCACUUUAAAUGAAAUUCAGAAGGAAGUAACUCAAAUAUUAAGUUCUUGUGGAUUUAGAAUUAUGAGCUGCACACUUGUUAACGAAAUUAUGCAUCUUUCAAAUCUAUUUUUGAAAUGCAAUAAACUGGAGGAAGCCUUGCAAUAUGUCCGUCAAUGUUUGGUAUCGGGCUUAACUACAACUACUGUUGGUGAAGACCAAGGAGAACUGGGUGCUUCUUCUAUGACUCCGAGGGAUAGCAUUCUGUCCAAUUCACCACACAACAACUUCUCUACAGCUGGAGAAAUUGGGUAA